AAGAACACGUGCCUCGCCGCACCGGUCAGCCCGCCAGCUGAGGCUGAUGUAAACAAACAAGCGGAAAACAGGCAUGUCCUCCCGUGCGCUGGUGAACAUAAAAACCAUUUGGAACAUAUCUGUCAUGGGCCAUGGGAAAUUAGUCCACGAAGCAGGUGAAGUGACAGGCCGUGGUUCCCAUCCCUUGCUGCAGAAAAGAUAAACCGGUACUUCUCAGAGAGCCCAGCCAUGAGGUUCAGCAUUGCUGUCAAUGCAAUGUGGGUGGCAGGGUAUGGUUCAAGACUUGCUGCUGCCACCUGUAUUGGUACUCAGCAUGUUGCUUGGGUACUGCACCACCAAUCUGGCAGCUACUGUCUGCCACAUAUUGGUUCCACAAGCAGCAGUUGGUUAAGUGAUAAAAAAGUUACUUCUUUCUCUAGGAGUGCAUUUACUUCAUUCACAAACAAAAUUCAUAAAAGACAUUAUGCUAUAGGCACAGACGGUGAUAGUGAUGAUGAUAUAAUGAGUGAUUCUGAAUUUGAAAAUAGUGUUUUUUUCAGAAGAAAAAUGCUAGAGAAGGAUCAGUUGGACUCAUUGCGUGUGAAUUUGUACCCAGGCUCAAAUGAUGAUGUUAUCAAAAAGAUAAAUGAAGCCAAUAGUGUACAAGAAGUGUUUGACCAGAUCGAGAGGUGUGGUGACUAUCCAACUGCUGAGCAUCUGAGUCAGGCUAUUGUAACACUUUGGGAUCUCCAGAAGGUGUAUGGAAGAUAUGGUUAUGACUGCUUUAUGAUUACCAAAAAUGAGAUUAAUCAGUUUUUAGAAAAAAUUUUGAAUCAUCCUAUGUUUGAAAAGUUAAGUGUGUGUUUGGAAGCAGUUUGUGAAGACUUGAAUAAUAGUUCACUUUCAUCAAUGCUACUGUAUCUUAGUAAACUGGGAGUAAGUAAUCACUCCCCUGUCAUGCAGAAACUUACAUUAGUUUGCAUGGACAGGAUGGAUGGCUUUAACCUGACUGCCUUGUCAAGACUUUCUGUGUAUUUACGUGAUCAAGGAGUUAAAGCAUUUUUCUUGCAGUCAAAACUGCUUCCUCUGAUAGCAAGUAAACUUGAUGAUUGCUUGGAUGCUGAUGAAUUCCACAUGGUUAGCAUAUGCUUCAAUAGUACCAAGAGGCUCAUUACAAGGCCUCUCCUGAAAAAAUAUCUUGUUUUAGUUCAGAAAAAAUUAAAUGAAGGAUUUUUUGAAAUAUGUGACCCUAGAAUUACAUUGAAAGUAAUAAAGCUGCUUGAUUAUCCAGAGUUCUCAUCACGGCACAAGCUUCUUCAGCCUCUGAUGUUGUGUCUAGGAAAGAACUUCCACUCACUCUCUGUUGUGCAGGUCAUGGAUCUGAGCAACUACUUCCACAGUUCCCGGGAACCUCUUGAUGUAUUCCACAAGAUCUGUCAGUACUCUAUUAAUAUGAUUUCAGAAGCUAAAAUAUCUGGUGGACGUCCAGAUAUAUUGUGUUUAGCUCCCUUUACUUCAUUGAAGAUGAGAAAUUACUUUGAGAGGCUCAUAGUUGAACAGCUGGAGGAGAAAGAUUUUCAUGAAUACAUUAUGGUUAUUUUCAAGGCUUUGAGAUAUUUCAAAACAUCUAAUCCUAAACUUUGUGAUGCUUUCUGGAUCAAGUCUAUGAAGUCAGUGGAAGAGGAAUUGAAAAGCAUUCCUCAUCACUUCUUGGGAAUGAAAGAAAUGACCCGGAGGAAAGUGUAUCAGCGGUACAUGUACUUUAACAAUAACCUAGGUGGCACCUACAGAAACUUUGCCUUGGAAAGGACCAUGUCAACCUUGCUUAUGAAGGAUUUGGAAACUUGCUGUGGAUUUUUGCCCAACAAAGUUGCCAGUAUGGCAGCAUUCAUCAUUGGCUAUUCCUCCAGAGAAGGAAUACCAGAAUCUGUUUAUGAAAAAGUUAUACUUUGUGGCCCACAGUUUUCAAUAUAUGACACCAUGUCCAUUUCUCGUGGGAUGCAGAUUUCAUUAGCCCUAAAUCGGAAGAACCUGCAGAGAAAACUGAUGCAACAGAUCACAACCAUUUGUCGCAUGUUAGAUGCCAGGACUGAAGAGUUUUUGAAGAUGGCAAAAUCAUUAACUGAAAUUAUUAACCUUACACGAGGUUACCUCAACCGUCGUGGAUCCCCAAGAACUUUCACCUUUGACAGAAUCAUAUCUGCCUUUUCCCCUCACCUUGAUGAACUCAACUCACGCUACAUAAAAGAAAUUUGUUUAUGUCUUACCACCACAUUAUACUUGGCUCCAGAGAUUCUUGAAGCUGUGAGUGAGUACAUUUUGAAGAACAAGAAGUACAUAUUGACAGAUACGAUGGAGGUGGUACUGACAUGCUUCUACUGCAUUGGCUACACUCCAAAGAAUGUGGAGCAGCUCUUGACAAUCUGCACAAAUAGCUUCCUGCAGGAGAAUCACCACAUGAGGGGUCUGAGUAUCCUACAGAUGUGCUUGGCAAUGAACAUGUAUGGUUAUCUUCCUACGGAAAUCAUUCGGAGUGUCUUCAACCUCAAAUUUAUGGAUCAGUUGGAUGAAGAAAUUGAGAAUUGCUAUUCAAAGGCCACCUAUCCACUGCGAGUGCGUCAUAUGCUCAUGGAGCUGAACCGGGCUGUGUGUCUUGAUCAUCCUGAAGAAAAUAUUCCAUGGUUUCAUGAAAAGUAUUGUGAAGAUUUUUUGGAGACAGUUCCUGUGCCAACUUCAGUAUUCCACAGUGAGGUUCACCAGGCCCUUGCUCAACUAGUUGGAGGACCAGAAGUAGUGCGUGCUAAUGUUCACACUCCAUAUUAUUAUCUUUUGGGUGUGUUAUCAGCGCCCACGCCACAACAACCGACCCGUCAAUGAGAGAAAGAGCUGAGAGAGCAAAUGCAACGCGUCCCCUCCCUCGGCCCUGCGUUCCCCUCUCACUCUGCUGUGCUGGCGCGUGGGCGCGCCCUACACUCCAUACACUACUCAUGACACUACUCAUGUAUAACAACUAGUCACUACAAAUAAAUAACACUAACAAAGAAAACAUAAAAUGUCACGCCAGAAAACAUAAAAUGUCACACCAAAAUGUAUCUCUAGCCGUUGUGUAAGUUGUGCGUAUACGGCGGCUACACAGCCAGAAACUAUUGUGUAGCUUAUCUCCUUUCAUGCUGUAACUUCUGUUUGCAUAACAGUAAAAAGGUAUGAAAUGUAAGCUGAAAAGUUGUGAUCUUGCUACUUGUCAGAAGUGAAGAGCUAACAAUCAUAUCUUUCUGUGUGUGUGUGUGUGUGUGUGUGUGUGUGUGUGUGUGUGUGUGUGUGUGUGUGUGUGUGUGGGAAGAUGUAUGUAAAUAUGCAUGUGCAUAUUCUAAGAAAUAAGAAAUUGUAUAAGCCACAUCCUGAGGGGUAAACAAGAUGACACAUGAAAAUAGGUAGUUUAAGUACACUUUCACUAAAUAUAUUGUAUGUGUUGUUGGCAGUAUACCUAGGUGUAAUACUUACUGCUCUUGGUUGAUCUUGUUAUAAUUAGCUACUGUAUAAUCUUUAUCACUUUCUUUUGGAGUAAUCAUGAGUUUUCUUGUGCCUCCCAUUGUUGCACACUCCACAUUUCACCAACAGGAAUAUUAAUGAUAGCAGAAAAUAUAUAUUUUAUUAGAUUGCUUCAGUAUGAUGAAAGAUGCAUAGACAUUCUAAUGCCAUAUUUUAAAA